AUGAGACUCAAUCCAGUUCCCCAACCCCCAGCCCCUGUCGCCUCCUUACCCCCAGCCCCUGCCACCUCCUUGCCCCUGGAUCUUACCCCCUUUGAGAAACCUAUGUCCCCCUCACCUCCAUCAUCCUUGCUACCCCUACCCAGCUGUGGAUUUUAUUUCUUAUCCUCUUAUCUUUUGUUGGGCAAGACCAAAGACUGGGAUUAUCCUGGCACAUUGUCUUAUGGACUAAGGAGUUUUCAGUUUAUCCCUCUCCUAAGCCAGUAUGGAAAGAACCCUGGACUAAUAGCUUGGGAUAAGAUUGGGAUGCUGCACACUCUCUGAAAUGAUUCCAUCUGUGGGACUUGGAUAACCUGCAGUUCACCUGAGUCCAUUCAGCUUGAAGCUUUCUAUUCUGGAUGUUAUGUUACCAAAUGGGUGAGAUACCUAUUAUACAUAAUGCUUAUUGGGGUCUCUGAUCUAGAUACUGAUGGGAAUAAGGCUGUUCACUAGGUGAAGGUACUCAAGUGUUUAUUUACCCUUCCAGCUCAAGACGCUUCAGGGGGUGACCUGUGUAAUGUCCAAACUGAGGACAGGCUAUCCUGUGCUGUUCAUCCAUCCAUCACCAAAGGAGACUGUGAGCACCUAGGCUGUCGCCAUAACUCUGAAGAUGUUGUAAGUCCUCGCUACGGUGGAAACAUGACACUUUUGCUUCUUUUUAAAGUAGAACAUAAAUUCUGUGGCAUUUGUAUUAGUUCAGAAGAUAACCUUUCUGUCCAAACUAAAGAAUUUGUAUACAUUUGUGCUAAAUGUAAUCCCAGGAAGAAAACUAACACCUUUGUCCUUUUUCAAUUCCUAGGCUCUGCCUGUGGCACCAUUGUAUAGAUGAUUGGCAACUAGACAAUAUUUGAGGAUGAGCAACUGGCAUCUAGGGAUGAAAGAAACUGGUCCCAUGGGUCAAUCAUUAGGGACAGCAUCUUCAGGCUUUAUGUCAGCUAUGGCUACUGGCUAAGAGGCAACAUUCUUCCAGCAAGAAUCUAGGUUUCAAUUCUCCUACUCUUUCCUCUUACCAAGCCAGGGCCACUCACUCUGAAACUGCAAAUUGCUUAAGAUAAACACUAUAGGUCCUACUAUAUGACUACAGACUAUCCACUGAGAAAGCUACUUCUGGAACUAGUUCAUGUGGAGAUUCAGAUCCUACAUAAAAUGGACCCAGACCUGGUUCUUCUUCUGCACCAUUGUUGGGCAACCCCAAAUACAAAUCCUCUGCAUUCAAUACAAUGGCCCAUCCUACAUUCCUUUAGCUGCCCCUAUGGAGGAGAUCACUACUAGACAAAGAUGGUACCCAUGCAAAAACCUUCAGCACUAUGGUUUCCUUCUCCCUAUAAGUGUUUCAUCAUCAGUACCUUCACUUUUGUAGACUCUCCUUCUAACAAGGCACUCAUGGUAUAUCUCCACUGCAAUGCUUCUGUCUGCCAGCCAUCAGGUGCAGAUUCCUGCCCAGUAAUCUACCCUGUGGGACAUAGUAAGGGUCUCAAGCUAUAUCCUUAUUCCCAUUGCUUCAAACUCUUAAAGGAACAGAGUAUUUUAGAGCGACUGAAUUAUGUGUCUAGACCCAGUCCUGGUUUUAAAUAG